AUGCCCGCGCACGCCGCGCGCAUACUCGGCUUCUUUCCGACGUCAUCAAAGUCCCACAACCUCAUACACAAUGCCAUUGCCGACGCUUUAGCACGCGCUGGACACAAUGUGACUGUUAUCGGUAUCAUGAAAAAUGUCUACCCCAAAGCGCCCUACAAAUUUAUACAGGUCGAUCCGACAGAAGUUGCACAAACGAGUCAGCUCUCUAUGAAAAAUAUGGUCAGCAAACCGAAGCACUUCUACUUGUCUCUAUUCACCAUGCCGCAGUCGAUCUCCGCUAUUGACAAUCAAACUCUCAAUCAUCCAAAGAUGCGAGAAUUCUUGCGCAAUAAUGGCGUAGGUGCUUUUGAUCUGGUGAUAUUGGGCUAUGCACUCAAUGAUUUCACGAUGGGACUUGGUGCGCAUUUUCGCUGCCCGAUUGUGUCCUCCUUUCAGAUACAACCGACUUUCGUGAAUCAUCGUUUGGUGGGUAACCCAGCGGAACAGUCGUAUGUGCCUAUGCUGUUUAGUAAUCUAAAGCAGCCUUUGACAUUUAUGGAUCGCGUGGUGAAUUACCUGGCUAAUUUUUUGGAGCAGUGGAUUUUGUUACCGAUUUUUGAAAGAGAGUGGCUAAAAGUUUACAAGUAA